GGAUGCCAGCGGCGGCCGGGCGAUGGCGAGGAGCCGGGCGGCUUACGAGUACACGGAGGCGGAGGACAAGAGCAUGCGGCUGGGUUUCCUCCUCAUCGCCGCCGGCUUGCUCUCCCUCCUGGGUCUCGGCUGCUGCUGGCUUCGCCCGGCGCUGCAGGAGCGGGGCGGCGGCGGCUCCGCCAACUGCACGGUGCUGGCGGUGCGGCAGCUGGGGGAGCGCUUCGCCUGCACCUUCUCCUGCGGGGCGGCCUGCCGCGGCACCGCCCGCUACCCCUGCCUGCAGGUGCUGGUCCGCACCUCCCGCUCCGCCGCGCCCGCCCUGCUCCACGAGGACGAGCGGCAGCUGCGCACCAACCCCAAGUGCUCAUACAUCCCUCCCUGUGCAAGAGAUGAUCAAGAGAACUCUGAGAACGUCACGUACAAGCAGAAAUACUGGAAGGAGAAAGUGGGAUCUCAACCAUUCACAUGCUACUUUAACCAGCACUUGAGGCCGGAUGACGUGAUGCUGAAGCGCACCCACGAUGAGACUGUUCUCUUGCACUGCUUCCUCUGGCCCGUGGUGACUUUGCUGGUCGGAGUCCUCAUCGUGGUCCUGACCAUCUGUGCCAAGAGCUUGGCUAUCAGGGCAGAGGCAAUCAAAAAGAAGAAGCAUUUGUGAGUGGCAAGGCUGCUUGUGGAACAGAGAAACCUGCAUGAAGGUCUGAGGUGGGGCAGCCUGACACACCUGCAGGUCUGUGGGGCACCCAGCUGCAUCUCCUGCCAGGGUCUGAUCUGUGCUGGAGUAGCUCUUGUCUCAGGAUUGCUCUUGGGAGAUUGCCCCGUGAAAUGCCUGCUAAUUGCUUCUUCUGCUAUGGCACUAAAUAAGUAUAUCCUACCAAAAAAAGAGAGAAAUCUACACUGCACCAAAUAUGCUGUGUGCUGUUAGUGCUGAAGAGCAGCUGCCCAGAAACUGAGACAGUUUAUGAAACUCCCUGAUGAUGUUGCUUUCAUCUCCACAAAGCAAUCUUUGCUAAUGUUUAAUAUGAAAUAUUUAAAAUAUUUACUUUAGAUAGAACAUAUUUCUAAAAUAAUAAAAUUUUAUUGUUUUGGGGGUUUUAACUUUUGGGGGUUUUCUUUUCUUUCCUUUUUUUUUUUUUUUUAAUGCUUUAAGGCAAACGUAGCAUUGUGCUGGUUAGGUUUUUUCCCACUGUGUAGAACUUAAUUUUGAAGUUCAAACUUUACCUUCUGUCUAGACAAAAUCUUUCAUCAUCACCCAUUCACUGUGAUGAAAUGUAGAAAUCUCUCAGAAAUACUUCUUAAAAAAAUGAAGCAGUUAUUGGAAAAGAUGAUUAAAUACUGGAUCUACCUUUAUUGCCUCA